AUGGAGGAAUUGCUUCAAAUGGAAGAUGCAAUUAAUACACAAGAUGAUGAAGAUGUUCCUGAAAAUGAGGUAUGGUACUUUUCUAAUUCUGACGAUGAUAUUGAUGCAUAUAAUGAUGCAUGCAUUGAAUUAAAUGACCAUGAAACUUAUGGCAUCCCUAUGCAUGACACAAACACCCAAAUAGGGCAAAACUCAAGUAACAAAAAACCAUUUUUGACCAAUCACAUGAGGCAACAAAUGGCUAUACAGUUGUUUGCAGAAGCUACUGGUAAGACAAUCCCCUGGGUUUAUAGGAUAUGUGCUAAAGCAAAGAACCAAAGAGCUGAAGGCAAGGAUGUCAUUGUGAAUCACGAGAAGUACAAAUGUGGUCGAAAGCCAUUGAUAGCCAAUGAUGAGGAGGAGGUCUUACUAUCUGUCCCACUUAAACAAAGAACAACAAUGAAAUCAUUUGCAUCUGCAUUAGGGGUCAGUCCUUCAACAAUCUAUAGGCUACUUAAAAGGGGUAUUCUAUGGUCUCACACAAACUCAAUCCAGUCCAAACUAACCCCUAUGCAUAAAACUUUUAGACUAAAGUUUGUGUUGACAAAAAUUCUGCCAAGGACUGUCAACUCAUUGCCAAGGUUCGAAAAUCUGUACAACAUGGUCCACAUUGAUGAAAAGUGGUUUUUUAUGAGUAGAGUCACACAGAGGUUCUACUUACUGCCAGAAGAAGAAGAUCCUUACAGAGCAACGACUGGGGAUAUACUUUGGGAUGGGAAACUGGGAAUCUUCCCAUUCAUUGAUGAGGUUGCAACACAAAGAAGCAGCAAGAAUAGGGACAAGGGGAUAGUUGAAACUAAACCCAAACAAUCAAUUACAAGAGAAACCAUCAGAAGCAUGAUUUUAGAUGAAGUAAAGCCAACAAUCAGAGCUAAAUGGCCAAGGGGUGCAUGCAAGACUAUAUGGAUACAACAGGAUAAUGCAAGACCCCAUAUUGAAGUUGAUGACCCACAAUUCUUGGAAGAAGCAAAGAAAGACGGGUUUGAUAUGCAUCUAAUCUGUCAACCUCCACAAUCACCGGACCUCAAUAUUUUAGAUUUGGGUUUUUUUAGGGCUAUACAAUCCAUCCAACACCAAGAAUUCCCCGUAUCAGUUGAGGAGUUAAUUGAAAGUGUAAUCAAGUCAUAUAAUAACUAUGAUCCUAAUAUCAUAAACAUGACUUGGCUUCACUCAAUGUAUGUAAUGGAGGAAAUUUUGAAAGUAAAAGGAGGAAACAAUUAUAAAAGUCCUCACAAAGGCAAGAAAAGACUUCAAAGAUUGGGUGUACUACCAACUUAUGUUGAGGUACCGAAUGAGCUGGUCCAAGACACGGUUCACUUUCUGAAUGCAGGAAUCAUAGAGGGUGGGCAAUCAUCAAAUGCCCACAUGGUGUAA